CAGUAGUGAAACUUUUAGUUUGUCCUGUGUCUUUUAUCACAAUGAAGCUGACAUACUUCACCUAUAAACUGAUGCUAUUGGUGUUUGCAGAAAUGGUUAUGGGAUCUUGUGACACAAAAUUAGAGUGUUCUCUCCUAAGUGAUCUCCUUGAAAUGGCAAUGAAGCAAAAAAGUCCAGGUAACGGUUGUCAAUGUCCCAGUAGAAAAAAUAUUCCAGCCUUUUCAUCUGUUCUGACAAAAAGUCAAUCCCUUGGAGCCAAAGAUGUUAUUAAGUUUGACAAAGUUGUCACCAAUAAUGGAAAUGGUUAUAACCCAAUCACUGGUAUUUUUACUGCACCUAUUGCUGGAGUUUAUCAGUUUUCCUAUACAGUCAUGAGUGACACAGGAAAAUACCUGGCAGUCUAUCUUUCUCAUAAUAACAAGAAACAACAAAGUAUAUGGCUGAAAGAUACAACUCAUGACACAGGAUCGAACAAUAUCAUAUUAAAUCUGCAGAAAGGAGACAAAGUUAAAGUAAAGUCCCAUGGCAAUUAUACUAUUUACAGUGAUGGUAAUUUGUAUAGCUCUUUUUCUGGCUACCUUAUUGGACAAUAAAAAUAAAUGCUACUGUCAUUAUAUAUUGUGAAAUAAAAAAAUUGAUUUAAUUACAGCUGAAAGUGUUUCCAUGAAAAAUAUUAUAGAAUUAGAGUCAAAUCUAUGUAUUUAUAAAAUAUUUGGAUAGUUAAUAAACAUGUCAUUGAUAUGUAUCAACAUAUAGAAACUGUACUGCUCAUUUUCUAAGUGUGCUCACUGUUAGAGACAAGAGAAUGUAUUGUAAUAGACUUGUAUAGCUCAUUUUCUCAUUGCACAAUGAAAGAUAUCCAGUUAUAUAUUUUGAAUUAAAAAUGAAGGUUUAACUUA